UGAGUCUUGAGUACAUGACUGUUAGUUCUGACAAAAAAAAAAAAAGAUGCGGACAUCCUUUAAGUUUUACAUGAGUCAUGUCACAUACAUUUGCAUGCACAGAUAUCAUAAAAGUCAGUGGAUGCAUUCAUGUACCAAAAGUAUAUGCGAAGACACGUGCAUAUGCAGAGGACUUUGUUUCGUUUUUCUGUUGUUUGUCUCCUCCAAGUCAACUAAUCUGCCACAUCCAUGUGAUUGUUUUGUUGUUUUUAAUCUUAAAGGCCUAGCCAGUGUAGGAUGCAGAAGUCUUCUCCAUAAUCUCCUACAUGCAUGAUAGAGUAAAAGAGUUCUCUGUUUGACAUAUCCUCAGUGCUUUGACUUUGUAUGAGAGUUGUUGUUGUUGUUGUUGGGGUGUCUUUUAGUAUCAAUGGACUGGGAGGUAGAGGAGUCGAACGUUACUAGUGCCGUGCUAGGUUGGUUUUAAGCUGCAUUUGUGUCUGCUGCAAUUAACUAAUCUAGCCUUGUAUUCCGUGUGGGGGUUGUGAGGUAAUCUUGAAUGGCGUAACAAGAUUUCAGUGUCUACCACUAUUGACUGUGGCUGGCACAGAGUUGGAGGAUCCUUCAUGAACAGCACCAUGUUGUGCUAAGAUGCAUCUAAGGAAAAGACAACAGAGACUAUGUGAGGAGGUGUGAUUAAUUGAACAUGGACUAGAAGAGGAACACUGUUACUGGACAGAAACAGUGGACCUCCACCGUCCUGCUAUGGAGGGAUCAGCUGCGAAAAAAGUGAGUCUUUGGAAUUGUUUCCCUACAUCUUUACUCCUGCCUGGUGAGCGUGAGGUAGUUGUCUGGUCUGGUGGCCAUCUGUCAGAGGUUUAGGUGACUUUGGCCAGGCUGAAAAUGUACUUUCAGGGAGUUUAAAGUUGUUGUUUAUUCAAAAAUUUGUUUAUCUUAAAACGAAAUUCUUAAUUUUGUAUUCUCUGUUCUGAGCCUGUAAGUGUUACAGCAUAUUGAAUUAUUUGUUCAAAAUUACAGCCAGAUCCCUGGAGUUAAACAAAUAUAUUGAACUUAAUUUGUUUAAUACUCUCUAUAUUUAAGCUACUGGUUUGUUCUUUGUUUCCAACAUUCUAUUUUAUCUCAGUUUACUCCAACUGAUCGGAUACUCAAAGACAAAUUAGCCUUCUGAAAAACCCUGACAACAAACCUUCAUACUAAUUAAAUUUUACUGAUUUUAUGUUUUUAUCGUGUAAUCUAUAAUUAUAAAAUUAAUGAAAUGAGAUGCCUUGCAACAUUACAGUCAUAAAUUUUAAAUCUUUUUUUUAGUUGAGGUUAGAUUUAUGAAUAUGUCUUAUACUCAUGAGAAUGUGUUUUUUUUUUUUUGUAUGUUUUUAUCAUUACAUUACACACAAAGUGAAAGUUGCAUUGUUUCUAUAAAUAAUCUAUUAUCAGAGUAAGAAUGGUGUAUGUUGCAUGUAAACAUUUGCCUCCCAAUGGUUAUACAAUUCAGAGCGUCAGCUCUGGAAAUCGGGGUGGAGUGAUUUGUUGGAAUCCAUCCCAGCUCUGCAGGAUCUGACUGGAACAAUGGCUUCUGUCAUGUCAGGUUAUCUCCUAGCUCAACCUCUCUGCAGGGCCAAACGUUAGACAAGAUUUGGAGGCUUAUCGGAGACAGGAACAGCAAAAGGCAUGGUUUCAAAGACAGCUCUGAGCUCACCUGAGCAUGCAGUACAGUUUAAAACAGACAAAUAAUUACCAACAUAUUUUGACUUGAUCAGUAAAAGGCUGCUUAGUUAAUUUAGAACAGCAUCUACCAGCUGUUCUGGGCUCACUGUGCCCCUCCCUUCUAUGUUAUCUGGUUUCAGUGGGUGUGUUUAAGUCUGCUUUGUUUACCACAGGACACCAUGCCAGGGUCAGUCUUAUGUUGUUAUUCCACUACUGUAAGCAAUGCACACUUUUGCGUCCAUUUCUGUCUGUGUCCCACUGAGUGGUUGGUCAUGUUAGGCCAAAAACAAUGACUGUCAGGCCAAACUUACUGUACCGUUACAUCACCUUUGUGCUCCAAGUAAACCCACCUCAUCUGCUUAAGCAGGGCAUUGUCCCUUUUAUCUCUUACAUCAUGUAAUUUUGACCUCUGUCUCAUCAGGUGAAGAUCAAAUUAAAUAAGACGCUCUGAUAGUCGAGUGCAGCAGAAUUAACAGCUCUGUCUCAUCAAGUGCCUACUAACAGUUUGCACUUUGCCCUUCUGUUAAUGCUCCCCCACUGACAGAAAACAGGAUUUGGACAUCUCAGAAAAGGUAUGUUGACAGUAAAAAUGCAGAACAAUAAACUGACAAAAUGAAAACAGAUUGGUUUCUGGAUAUUUCAGUUAUUCUGAACCACAAAUGUUCAUUUAGCAUCCAAAAUAUGUUGUGCUGUUUCUAAAUAAGUCUUUUCAGAGGCCGUAAGGCUUCAAGAAUUUUAUUAGAGUUCAUUCAUAUGAAGAUUGAAGGAGUUCAAGUUGAAGUCAACAUAUAGUGUUACAUGUUAUUGUGGUCUUCGGGUCUUCAGAGACGCUGCUGUACCGUCAGUCCACAGCCGACUGCAGCAGUGAUGAGGUUACUCAUCCCAGGAAGUUAAACGGUUCCUCUGUGGAGACACCGAGCUACCAUCACCUACAUCGGGAGCUGAUGCUCAGCCAUAAACGGUAGCAACAGAAAGCAGCUAUCCUCUAUGAUUUUAUUUGGAAGUGGUCUCUCUUUGUAUCAGUGCAGAGUGAGAGAGUAUUUCUGUUAAUGACUGUGCAGGGGCCUGUUGCCCGAGAAGAAACCAGAGCUGAAGCGAGUGUUGGAGCAGCGCAGACUGGACCUGCACAGGGAGGAGGAGAUGCCCCCCUCUGAUCUGCAGACAGAGCUCCGCAAGAGGCAGCAGAAACUGCAGGAGGUGAGAAGUGUGAAACAAGUAGCUGAGAGCUACUGUCCAAAACAAACAGAUACACAAUUCACAUGCAAGACGUUGUUAAUGUUCCCUUCAUUGGACUUUGAUAAAAUUGAAGCUACAAAGACCAUGACUGUUGCUCAAACCUAAUUUUCAAAAAGGGCUAUCCCCUGUGUUUUUAAAAUCUUCACAUGUAAAUUUGUUCUGUUUACCUAGUAUGAGCAGGAAGAGAUCAGGCGGCGGGAGAACCAGCAGAAGAUCCCGGAGUUUGUCCGUGUGAAGGACAACCUGAGGCGAACUCAGAUGUCCGAGCAGUGAGACCUCUUGGCUCCCAUCAGCCCCUGCAGUAUCUCACCAUAGUGGCCCUAUCUCUACGAUCACCAUCUGCUGUGUUACACUUGAAACAGACCACAGAGGCACAGACUCAGGACACAUCUCUUAGUGUAAAAAAACAAUUGUGCAAACCAGGGAACAGAAAAAAUAAAAAUAAAAAUAAAAACAGCAUUUAGAAAUACAUCCUCAAAGCUCUCUCACAGCGUUGUCCCCAGUGAGAAAAUAGCCACAGGUUUUGAUUCAAAAUUGUGUUGAUCAAUAUUUGAGAUGAGAAAGCUACUAAUGUUCAGGGGCUGAAUAUUUUGUAUGUUUUUUAUUGAUACCUUUUUUUCCAAAACCAUUAAUGUCAUUAACUUGAGAGAAAGCAGAAAACUGUAUAUAAUAUCUCAAAGGAGUGUCCAAUUAUUCUGUUGUUCAGUUUGGUCACAUUGUUCCAAAUCUAACUUUUCUAUAAAAUCAAAAUAUGGUUGUUAACAGAGAUAUUUCCAAACAGAACUCUUUUAUAUCAAUACAAAGCCCCCUGUUGUUACAAAUUUUGUUCAUGUUUCUGACUUUUGGUUUCUAGUGUGUCCAUGUGCUGUGGAAAUAAAGGCUUUUAUGGUUUGCAGAGGAGUGUUGUUUUGUUGGGCACUAUUCAAAGCACUGAGGAUUGAUUUGCAUGCAGCUCUUCUCCCUGAGGACUCUCACGCUUCUUUCACAUGGAUAUGGGACUUUGUUUAAUUAGCCGAUCUUUUCAUUCCAUCAUGGUACGAGGGGAG